UCAGCCUCUGAACCCUAACCCAGACAGUCGCUGGAACACAUACUUUAAAGACAACGAGGUUCUGCUGCAGAUCGACAAAGACGUCAAGCAGAAGGACACUGAGCUCUACAUCAGACUGCAAGAGCAGAACAUUAAGCCGCAGUACUUCACCUUCCGCUGGCUGACGCUGCUGCUCUCUCAGGAGUUUCUGCUUCCAGAUGUGAUCCGGAUCUGGGAUUCACUGUUUUCACAUCAGGACCGCUUCGAGUUCCUCAUCCCUGUGUGCUGCGCAAUGCUGACACUGAUCCGAGAUCAGCUGCUGGCGGGAGACUUCACUACAAACAUGAGACUACUGCAGGAUUACCCCAUCUCUGACGUUCACUCCAGAUCUCCUGAACGCUCCAGUAUGAACAGAUCUCAGAUCAGAGGAUGGUCAGAUGAUGGACUCCUGUAUUUAUAUCAGUGAUUGUUUACGUCUCUGUUGAUGAGUGAUUAUUGAUCAGCUGAUCAGCUCCGUCACACACCAGCACACCUACUGUCCACAGCUGAAGAACACCACACACUCUCCACACUACACA